AUGAACUCCUUCCGAUACUUGCGGCCGAUUGCCUCCCGAUUGCAGGCCCCGACUCUGCCUAGGCUCACCCGUGGUUAUGCCAGCGGUUCGUACGAAUACAUCCAGGUCUCGAACCCGAAGCCCGGCGUUGGACAAGUCACAUUGAACCGACCCAAGGCACUGAACGCUUUAUGCACUCCUCUCAUUCAAGAGCUGAAUGAUGCCCUGAGAGCAUUCAACGAAGCAGAUGACACUUCCGUCAUCAUCCUCACGGGCUCGCAGAAGGCCUUCGCUGCUGGUGCCGACAUCAAGGAGAUGGCGCCUUUGACCUUCUCGGAGGCAUACACCAAGUCCUUCAUCGAAUCCUGGUCGCUACUCACCACUCAAGUCAAGAAGCCCAUCAUCGCAGCUGUCUCAGGCCACGCGCUCGGUGGAGGUUGUGAGCUGUCCAUGAUGUGCGACAUUCUCUACUGCACCGAGAAUGCCAACUUUGGCCAGCCCGAGAUCAAGCUUGGUACCAUUCCCGGUGCCGGAGGCAGUCAGCGACUGACCCGUGCCAUUGGAAAGUCCAAGGCCAUGGAGCUCAUCCUGACCGGCAAGCCGUUCAGCGGUGCUGAUGCCGCUCAGUGGGGCCUGGCGGCAAAGGCUUUCCCGUCAUAUGAGAUCUUGAUGGAGGAGACGCUCAAGACAGCCGAGACGAUUGCCGGCUACUCCCGCGUAGCCAUCAACGCGUGCAAGGAGGUCGUGAACAAGAGCCAGGACCUGCCGCUGAGGGAUGGCGUCGAGUUUGAGAGAAGGGUGUUCCACAGCUUGUUCGGAAGCAAUGACCAGAAGGUCGGCAUGAAGGCCUUUGCGGAGAAGAAGAAGGCGGAAUGGACGCACUCUUGA